UUUACAUUGGGGAGGGGGGGGGGGGUGGUAGUGCUCGCGGGCGUCACGUGACGGGCGGAGCGGCGGGGGCUGAGGGCGGCUGCACCCGCGGGGCCAUGGCGUGCGCCGGCGACGACGGCUCCUGGGUGGAGCUGCGGUGUGGCCCAGGGUGCCCGGAGCCCGAGCCCUCGCGGUUCUCCUCCUGCCACGCUGACGUGGAGAAGAUGCUGUUGGAGGCCCAGCUGGAGACAGAGAGCGGCAACAGUGCCCUGCUCACACUGGGCUCCCCGGCCUGGGAUGACGACAGAGCCAGCCAGGCAAGUGAGCAGCCUGGGGAGGGCGAGCUGCUCCCUCCCCACAGCCAGCCCCAGCUGGGCUGCCCCCACCCCCGGCAGGUAAGGGAGCCGGCCCCCUGCGCUGCACCCUGCGCCCGUGCUGGCCGUGCCAUGGCCUCACCUGCCCCAUGCCUCCUAGCGGGAUGUGCCAGAGGAAGCCGAGUGGAAGGAGCGAUGCCUACCAGCAUCCCUCAGCUGGACCUGUGCCCGCCGCCCUCCGCAUCUGUCUCCAAACCGGUGCUGUGGAGCCUGCAGGGAGGUGCAGUGGGGAGAAAGAAGAGACUUUUCAGUUCAGAGCUGCUGCUGCUCUUCAUCCCUUCGCUGCUCCUCAGCCAUGUGCUGACCCUGGGACUGGGGAUCUACAUUGGAAAGCGGCUGGCAGCCUCCUCGGCAAACCCGCUGUGAAGAGCUGGGCUCAGCGAGAGACAGGUGGCUCUGCCGCCCCACUCCCCUGCUCGGCAUGUGGAGGGAGCCCAGGCACCAGCGCAGCCCAUCUGGUCCCAGACUUCGUGUUUGUGGCACAAGGCACCAUCUUCCCUUGUCCCUUCUUUAGCCCUGGCCUAUGGAGCUGGUCCUACCCUCCCAUGUAGACAGGAACCCACUGAUGGCAGCUCCCUGCUGCAGGCAGCCCCAGCCUUCCCCAUCCCUUGGUUACGGGUCCAGGUUCCUCCUCUUUAACACAAGACUGUAAAUACGACUCCUGAGCCUGCAACACCACGUGCUAAUAAACAGCCCUGUGCCAGCUUGGGAGGCA